UAAAAUAAAAUAAAAUAAAAAAAAUAAAAACAAAAAACAGAAAAGAAAGUAAAGGAAGAGUGAUCCUGCCUCUUAGGCUAGCUUGGUAUGACCUAAGCGGCACUUUCCGCCCCCCCCAGUUGUGAUUCCUGUGAUGCUAAAGGACGUCACAUUGCACAAUCUUAAUAAGGUUUCCAAUCAGCCCCACCCGCUCUGGCCCCACCCCCACCCUCCAACAGAGAUUUAUCAAAUGUGGGAUUUUCCCAUGAGUCUCAAUAUUAGAGUCUCAAGCCCCAAUAAAUAUAAGACUGGGGAUGUCUGAGGCUCAUUCUGCCCUCGAGCCCACCAGGAACGAAAGAGAGCUCCAUCUGCCCUCCAGGACUCCAGCCAUGACCUUCCUCUCCACAAGCGCCUUCAGUCCACUCGCCUUCUCCCUGGGGCUGCUCCUGGUGGUGGCUACUGCUUUCCCUACCCCGGGACCCCUGGGAGGAGAUGCCACCUCAAAUAGACUACCACUCACCUCUGCAGACAAAAUGGAAGAACUCAUUAAGUACAUCCUCGGCAAAAUCUCUGCACUGAAAAAGGAGAUGUGUGACAACUAUAACAAAUGUGAGGACAGCAAGGAGGCACUGGCAGAAAACAACCUAAAUCUUCCGAAACUGGCAGAAAAAGAUGGAUGCUUCCAAUCUGGGUUCAAUCAGGAGACCUGCCUGACAAGAAUCACUACUGGUCUUCAGGAGUUUCAGAUAUACCUGAAAUUCCUCCAGGACAAGUAUGAGGGUGAUAAGGAAAAUGCCAAGUCUGUGUACACCAAUACUAACGUCCUGCUCCAGAUGCUGAAGCGUAAGGGAAAGAAUCAGGAUGAGGUAACCAUCCCUGUCCCAACCGUAGAAGUUGGCCUGCAGGCUAAACUGCAGUCACAGGAAGAGUGGCUGAGGCACACAACAAUUCACCUCACCCUGCGAAGGCUGGAGGACUUCCUUCAGUUCAGCCUCAGGGCUGUUCGGAUAAUGUAA